AUGGCUUCCAUCGUCGAAACCCUCUGGGACUUUAAUACCCACGUCUCCCUCUUUGGCCGCAUGAUGUUCCUCUGGUCCUUUAUCGUUCUCGGUCUUGUCAUCGCUGUUCAGGUUUCACAGUACGGCGAACCAGACCACACGAGAAUUCAGUGGGUGCGCUUGACUAACGAGUCUCGUCCUUUCUGGUACACGUUCUACGUCCUCGAAGCCUUUCUCUUCGUUUCUGGCGCCUACCCUAUGCUCUACAACAAAAUGUCCAUGUACCUUGACACCGGUUACGAGGAGCGGAUUCUCAACGCUAUCUGGAUCGGUCUUUUGAGUGUUGAGGCUUUGAUGGUCGCUGGCGUCGCCGUGCUCUCAAUCUCGCGGAAACUCAAGUCGCCCCCCAAGCAGAAGACUAACUGA